GUCUCGCUUUCUUUACCAUCUCUGGAAAUCUUCCGUCUGCACACUUCCAUCUUCUCUGCUUCAGCAAUUCUCUGCUGCAAGUGAAGGGACGUGUGCGUGAAUGCAGGAGUGAAAUAUCAAUGGCCGGCUUGAAACUUAUUAAUACACUUGAGAUGAAGGAACUACCGAGAACGAAGAAACUAAUAUGAGUUAAAACGUCAAAUAUCAAACGAAUGGGCUGCUAAGGAUCUCCAGUGGUGACUGAGUUUGUGUAUCUGAGACCUCAGGCCAUCCACAAGACUUGUUGAGCGGGUCAGGAUGCCCAUUCCUCCUCCACCCCCUGGAGGCCCCCCUCCACCCCCAACCUUCAGCCAGGCCAAAACCACCCCACCUAAGCUCAAAGGAGAUGAGGCCAAAGGCAGAGGAGCCCUGCUCGGUGACAUCCACAAAGGGGCCAAGCUGAAGAAGGUCGGCGUGGUAAAUGACAGGAGCGCACCCAUCUUAGAAAAGCCUAAAGGAGAUGGUGUUAGUAAUGUAGGCGGAGGAGGCUCGUCAGGGGUCAUUCAGCCGAUGGGUGGUCUUUUCCAGGCAGGUGUGCCUAAAUUGCGACCAGUCGAUGGUUCGGUUGGCAGGUCAGCCCUGACGCCUCCUGGCGGGCGCCCCGCUGCUCCUCGUCCCCCCGGACCCCCUGUUCGCCAGGACAACACAGACUGCUCAGCCCAACAGGCCUCUCCCCCGGAGCACUCCCGAUCCCAGAGGCCCUCCCUCCCCGACCUCUCCCGCCCCCUCAGCGGAGGCAGCCCUAACAGUGGCAUGAAGCACAGCUCCUCCGCCCCUCCACCUCCUCCCCCUUUCUCUCGCCGGGGCAACGCACCCCCUGCCCCGACUCAGAAGGCGCCACCACCCGCCCCCUCCUACAACCGGGAGAAGCCCCUCCCUCCCACGCCAGGACAGAGGGGGACUUCCCCGGUGCCGACCCGCAACAGUGCCCCUCCACCCCCUUCUCCCAACAACAACCGGCGGCCCCUGACGUCAGGGGGCUCCUCUGCAUCCUCCUCUUCCUCCUCUCUGGGUCCUCCACCUCCCCCGUACCGCCAGCCCAUGACCAACGGCCCCUCCAGCCCGGUUAACGAAGCCGCCCCGGAGCUACCUCAGAGACACAACUCCCUCAGCAAGAAGCCGUCGCCCGGACCUGGACACACUCCAACCCGGGGGCAAGCUCCACCCCCACCGCCCUCCCCCUCCCCGCCAGGUGGACGCCCACCCCCACCAGUCCGUGAGCCCCCCGGCAGAGGAGCAGCUCCACCCCCGCCUGGGUCGACUCAACGAAACGGUGGUCGGGAUGCCCCCCCUCCCCCACCCCCCUACAGAGGUAGCCCUUCAGAGCCUCAUAGCCGUGGCAAGCCCCCCCCUCCACCCUCCCGUACCCCUGCCGGACCCCCGCCCCCUCCCCCACCUAUCCGCAAUGGACACCCCUCCAUUUCCCGCUCCUUCGUAGAUGACUUUGAGUCCAAGUAUUCUUUCCACCCUCUGGAUGACUUCCCUGCUCCAGAGGAGUACCGGCACUUUACCAAGAUCUACCCCAGCAAAGCCAACAGAGUGAUGAGGGGAGCUCCUCCUGCACCACCUGUGGGAAGGCUCGUGUGUGGAUGGGGAACACUUUGACACCGGUAUGAAAGACAUUCAUCUCCAUACCACGUCAGAGUAUGCACUGUGAUGAGCCCACAUCACCAUGAAACGGGAGAACACCAGUCAGUCGUCUACCUGUAAGAAGAAACCAGUGACUCUACAGCCUGGUCCUAACAGCAGUGACUCUACAGCCUGGUCCUAACAGCAGUGACUCUACAGCCUGGUCCUAACAGCAGUGACUCUCGCCUGGUCACUAACAGCAGUGACUCUACAGCCUGGUCCUAACAGCAGUGACUCUACAGGCCUGGUGC